AUGCUACUGGCGCGCAUCCUGGCGGACUCACCCACGCCCCUCACCGCCCAUCAGCUCGCCAAUGAGUUCUUCCGCUCCGGCGCUGCCGCGGAGGCGGCGGCACUGAUGAGUCAAGCACAAAUGGCUGCACUGUCCCGAGGUAGAGAAUUUGACGUGCCUGUGCGGAUUGCGCAAGCGAACACUUUUGCUGCUGUUCGUGUGUACAGGCUAUUGCACGCACGGCUGUCAAUGCACGCCAUCCUGUUACUGAACCUAGUGCACUCUCCCCGUUCCCUUCCCCUCCCCCUCCCCCUCCCCCUUCCCCUUCCCCUUCCCCUUCCCCUUCCCCUUCCCCCUCCCCCUGGCCCAUGGGCAGUUGGAGGCGGUGCAGGGAGUGGGGGAGAGCAAGGUGGUGCGCCUUGUGCCCACAGACAGGACCGAGGACAUGGUGGCAGGCCUUGUGCCCAUGUCCAUGCCUCUCCGCGGACCUGCGCCUCCCAAGAGCCGCCCUGCCAAGGCAUCCGCAGCAGACGGCUCUGGUGCACGAGUGAAGGGCGGCGAGGGGGGCGCAGGCACGGAGGAGGAAGGCAGGGAGGGGGUGCUGAGUGGGAGGGAGGGCAGGGAUGA